CCUCCUACACUCAGCCGAGCGCAGGGCGUGCCGUGACGUGACCCGGCCCGCGCUGCCCCGCAUGCUGGAGCUGUUUUGGAGCUCAGUACUCUGAGAUGGCAGAGCAACUUUCUCCAGGAAAGACGACAGAUCAAGUAUGCACCUUCCUCUUCAAAAAGCCUGGACGGAAAGGCGGCGCAGGCCGCAGAAAGCGCCCUGUCUGCGAUCGAGAUUCCGGGGAGAGCAGCAGCAGUAGUGAGGAAGGCAGCACUGUGGUUCGCCCGGAAAAGAAGAGGACAAUCCACAACCCAAUGAUACAAAAGACGCGUGGCAGCGGUAAGCAAAAGGCAGCUUAUGAUGGAAUGAGCAGCGAGGAGGACAACGAGUCCGAAGGUCUAGGCGUGGUCUACAAGUCCACCCGCUCAGCGAAACCCGUGGGGCCAGAAGAUAUGGGUGCGACCGCUGUCUACGAGCUAGACACAGAGAAAGAGCGUGACGCACAAGCCAUCUUUGAGCGUAGCCAGAAGAUCCAGGAGGAGCUGAGGGGCAAGGAAGAUGACAAGAUCUAUCGGGGAAUCAACAAUUAUCAGAAAUUCAUGAAGCCCAAAGAUACAUCUAUGGGCAAUGCCUCCUCCGGGAUGGUCAGGAAGGGCCCUAUACGAGCUCCCGAGCAUCUACGUGCCACGGUGCGCUGGGAUUACCAACCCGACAUCUGUAAGGACUACAAGGAGACCGGCUUCUGCGGUUUUGGAGACAGCUGCAAGUUCCUCCACGACCGCUCAGAUUACAAGCAUGGGUGGCAGAUCGAACGUGAGCUUGAUGAGGGUCGCUAUGGUGUCUAUGAGGACGAAAACUAUGAAGUGGGAAGCGAUGAUGAGGAAAUACCAUUCAAGUGUUUCAUCUGUCGCCAGACCUUCCAAAACCCAGUUGUCACCAAGUGCAGGCAUUAUUUCUGCGAGAGCUGUGCACUGCAGCAUUUCCGCACCACCCCACGUUGCUAUGUCUGUGACCAGCAGACCAAUGGCGUCUUCAAUCCCGCGAAAGAAUUGAUUGCCAAACUGGAGAAGAAUCAAGCCGCAGGAGAGGGUGGUGCUUUUGAUUUCCCAGAAGACCCCAGUGAGGAUCCAGUUCCCAUUACUUCAGUGUCUCAUGAUUCUCAAAUCUCAGAAUAAAUGUUUUGGUGAUUUUUUU